AUUUAUAUUUUAAUUUUAUUUAAUAUUUAUAUUUGACUAAUAGUAAUAAUAAAAAAGGUCACGUCUUCUCAAUAUGAGUAUUGAGAGCUCAGUCGUCCGUCAAUGGCGCCUUGAUUUCAGAAACUAUCCAAUCACACUCCAUUGAUAAACCCCUCGAUUCUCUCUCAUCAUUUCCAGCUGAAUGCAUCUAUGAAAACUCCACCAAAACCAGUUUUCCACUUCCUUUUCGAUCUCCCCACCAAAAAAAUCCUCCCCAAUUCACCCCUAAUUCGACAAGACUGCAACAAAACCCUAAAAAAUGGAUUCCUCAUCCCCAAAUUUCUCGAUUCCAUUGCACAAUUCGAUAAAUCCACUCAACGAAGAUCAAUCUCAUCCGCGCACUCGGACCCUCCCGCCUCGGAUGCAGUCUCCGUCGCUUCCACGGCGAGUUCGCCGUCGGAGGCGAUCGACGCCGGCUCUUCGAUAAGAAAACCGAUCAGUUUGUGGCCGGGAAUGUACCAUUCGCCCGUCACAAAUGCAUUGUGGGAAGCGAGAUCGAAAUUGUUCGAGAAGACUUCGAAUGGGUCCGAAAAUGGCUCAGCUCAGAGUGAACUGAUCGCCAAAAAACCGGCGGAGAGUCGAACGAGUAUCUUGUACAAGUUUUCGAGUGAUUAUAUACUGAGAGAGCAGUAUAGGAAUCCAUGGAAUGAGAUUCGAAUGGGGAAGUUGCUUGAAGAUCUUGAUGCUUUGGCUGGAACUAUAUCUUUCAAGCACUGCUCCAGUAAGGAUAGCUCCACAAGGCCAUUAAUAUUAGUCACUGCUUCGGUCGACAAGAUGGUCCUCAGGAAACCUAUCAAGAUCGACACUGAUCUAACGAUAGCUGGGGCCGUUACUUGGGUUGGACGCUCGUCCAUGGAGAUUCAACUCGAAGUCGCUCAGUCUUCUCAAGAAACAUCAGAUCCGUCGGAUGCAGUUGCCCUCACAGCCAACUUCACAUUCGUGGCUCGUGACUCAGAAACCGGAAAAUCAGCCGUGAUCAACCAGAUCACUCCGGAAACGGAGAAGGAGAAAGUACUUUGGAAAGAAGCUGAAGAAAGGAACAAAUUGAGGAAGCAGAGGAAAGGCGAAGAAAAGAAAGAAAUGAACGAUGAUGAUAUGAAGAGGCUCGACGAAAUGCUAUCCGAGGGUCGGAUCUUUUGCGAUAUGCCAGUUUUGGCCGACAGAGAUAGUAUCCUUAUCAAGGAUACUUGCCUUCAGAAUUCUUUAAUGUGCCAGCCGCAGCAAAGGAACAUUCACGGGCGAAUAUUCGGAGGUUUCUUGAUGAGGCGAGCACUGGAGCUCGCCUUUGCGACUGCUUACGCCUUUGCAGGAAGCGCGCCUUGCUUUCAUGAAGUUGAUCAUGUAGAUUUCCUUAAACCAGUUGAUGUUGGGAACUUCCUCCGUUUCAAAUCUUGCGUGUUGUAUACAGAACUCGAGAAUCCAAGAAAACCUAUGAUUAAUGUGGAAGUCGUAGCUCAUGUUAUGCGGCCCGAGCUUCGAUCCAGUGAGGUCAGCAGAUCGCACUUACCUAAUCUAUACUAUUCAUUCAUUCCUUCAUAUUUAGGUGUUAAGCGUGACUUAUUUUGCUCUUCUUUUCUACGUGCUGUUUCUUUAGAUGGCUACUCCUUUCCUAUUCUGGCGUUUUUUCCAUUGAAUUUUCACCAUAAAGGUUUUAAUGAGUUUUGCCAGAUUUUUUAGAUCUCUUUUUUUAGGGAUCAUAGGGAGCUUUCAUAUAUUUUUGGUUUACACAUUACACAAACUUAAAAUCUUGGCUCUAAAUACACAAAGUUUUAAUUUCUUUUUUUGAUUUCACGCACGAAGAAUACUUCCAGCGAAUGAACAUUGAGGUGGAAACUGUCAACAUAGCUUAAAACGGAAGUCUUCCUAAAUGACCUAGUUGGACAUUAGGUAGAUUUCACUACAGGAACACAAAAAUUUGUUAACGAAUAAACAAGAAGUGGGACAUGCAGCGGUAGAUAGUGCUAAAAGAAUUAUGAACACCGGUUUUUGUGAUUACAUGUCUCAUUUCUUGUUGAUUCGUUAAUAUAUUUUUGUGUUCCUAUAUUGUAAUUUACCUAAUGUCAAGCUACGUUAUUUAGGAAGAUUUAAGCCCCAUAAACAGUUCCGACUUCCACCUCAACAUUCAUUCACCGAAAAUGUUCUUCGUAUGCAAAAUCAAAAUACAUAAAUAAAUAAAUGAAAGCUCACGUAUUUGGUGACAUGAUUUUAAGUUUAUGUGCAAAACAAGAAAUUCAUGAAAAUUCGUAUUUAGCCACUAUUACUCCUUGUUUUUUUGUUUUAAUUCUUUCUGUAAGCUGUGAAAUUGUGAAUUGCCCUUCUCUCACAAGGUAUCCAACAAGUUCUAUUUCACCUUCACCGUGAACUCGGACGCGCUGAAAAACGGCCGUAAGAUUCGGAAUGUUGUACCCGCGACAGAGGAGGAAGCGCGACGAGUUAUUGAGCGAAUGGAAGCGGAGAGGUCUUAUUAGUUGUGGCUUUGAGUUUUAGCAGCCUUUUUUCAUUGCAAUAUAUAUGUGUUAAAAACUCACUAAAUACUAAUUUGUGUAGAGAUAGCUGGAUUUUAUGGUCUUCUGUUUAUCAAUCAAACAAGAUUGAAGCAGUGAACUCCUGAUGUUUGGAAUUUGGAAGAUGCCUUUAGGCUCUUCAUAUUUGAA